AUGGGGGCCGUGGCGUCAUUCUUUGGGGGGCUAUGUGGAGGAGAGAAAGUGAAAGAGGAGGAGCGGUUUCUACGUGCCAAUGACCGACCGUUUAACUUGUCUUUUAACUAUGCGGACAAUUCCAUAAAGACGUCCAAAUACAACAUCUUCACCUUUCUGCCGCUGAAUCUGUUUGAGCAGCUUCAGCGACUCGCCAAUGUCUACUUCUGCUUCCUCUUCGUCCUGCAGCUGAUCCCUCAGGUCUCCUCUCUGUCCUGGUUCACCACCGCAGUCCCUCUCUCUCUGGUGCUGGGAAUAACAGCAGUGAAAGAUGCAGCCGAUGACAUUAACAGACACAAGAGCGACAGGCAGGUAAACAACCGGGAAGUGGACGUCCUGCUGAACGGAGAUAUAAAAAAGGAAAAAUGGAAGAAUGUGAAAGUUGGAGACAUCAUUAAACUGGAGAAUAAUGACUUUGUGACUGCCGAUCUGGUUCUGUUGUCGAGCAGUGAACCUCUCAACCUGGUGUAUGUGGAAACAGCAGAGCUAGACGGUGAAACUAACUUGAAGGUGCGACAGGCCCUCACAGUCACAGGAGAACUGGGAGAAAACAUAGAAUCCCUGACCGCCUUCAAUGGUGAAGUGAGAUGUGAACCUCCCAACAAUCGUCUGGACAAGUUCAAAGGGACACUGACUUACAGUGGACAGUCCUAUGCCCUGGACAACGACAAGGUGCUGCUGCGAGGAUGCACUCUGAGGAACACGGAGUGGUGCUACGGCAUUGUCAUCUUUGGAGGUGCCGACACAAAGCUGAUGCAGAACAGUGGAAAGUCAGUGUUCAAAAGGACCAGUGUGGACCAUCUCAUGAAUGUCCUGGUGCUCUGCAUCUUUGGUUUCCUGGCCUUCAUGUGCACAGUCAUGGCGAUUGGAAAUGCCAUAUGGGAGUCCAGGGAUGGCUCCAGCUUCGUGGUGUUCCUGCCGUAUGAACAAGGGGCCAGUUCUCAGCUCUCGUCGUUCCUCUCCUUCUGGAGCUACGUCAUCGUGCUCAACACUGUGGUGCCCAUUUCUCUCUAUGUCAGGUACAAUUAA